AGAAGCUCAAAUGUCUCAAUCCUUACUUUCUUUAUCUUCAUUACCUGUUCCUGAAACUCACAAAUCGAAUGCUGCUCUAAAACCUACAUCAGAAACCCUUGGAAAUGAUCUUUACAGUUUCAAAACGCCAUUUGAGCUCAAACAAAUUCAUGCCCACAUUAUCAAAACCAACACCUCUCCCUCUCUCCUCUCACUUUCUCUUGUUGCCUCCGUCUGCGCCUUCACUCCCAGCUUCCCCUACGCCAGAAAACUCAUUCAGAUAUCCGGCAAACCAGAGAAUGUUGUAUGGAAUUCUUGUUUGAAAGAUUUUGCCGAAAGUGAUCGGCCAAUUGAUGCGAUUCGGUUAUUUUGUCGGUUAUGCGAGUAUGAUGUUUGUUUAGAUGCUUUUACUUUUUCCUUCCUUCUUAAAGCUUGUACGAAAAUAUCGGAUGGUUUUGACGGCAGGAUCGUUCAUGGGUUCAUUGAGAAACUUGGGUUACAAUCGAAUUUGUUUUUGCAGAAUAGUAUGGUUCAUUUGUAUGCAGUUUCUGGGGAGACCUCUGAUGCCCUCCAACUGUUUGAUAAAAUGUCUCAACGAGAUAUUGUUACAUGGAACAUCAUGAUUACACAGUUGGUGAAAAAAGGAAAGGUGGACGACGCCUAUGAACUGUUUGAUAACAUGCCUGAGAGAAACGUGAGGUCAUGGACAUCUAUGAUCAUGGGUUUUGUUCAGUGUGGGAAACCGAAGGCCGCAAUUGAUCUUUUUACUCAGAUGGAAGAGCAGAAGUUACAUCCAAAUGAGGUUACCGUGGUGGCCGUUCUUGCAGCGUGUGCAGAUAUCGGCGCCCUUGAUCUAGGAAGGAGGAUUCAUGAUUUUUCAAAUGAAAGCGGAUUUAGAACAAACAUUCGUAUUUCCAACACUUUGAUCGAUAUGUACAUCAAAUGUGGAUGUCUAGAUUCAGCUCGCAGCGUUUUCAAUGAAAUGGAGCAACGAACGAUUGUUUCAUGGUCAGCCAUGAUUCAAGGGUUAGCCAUCAACGGAAAUGGUGAAGAAGCUUUGAAUUUGUUUCAAGAGAUGAUUCAUUUGCGAAUAAAGCCUAAUGGGGUAACUUUUAUCGGACUUUUACAUGCUUGCAGCCAUAUGGGGAUGGUAAAAGAGGGUCAACGGUUUUUCGCCAGUAUGACUAAAGAUUAUGGGAUAGUUCCGAGAAUAGAACAUUAUGGUUGUAUGGUUGAUCUUUUGAGUCGGGCUGGCUUACUUAAAAAAGCCCGUGAAUUCAUAACGAAUAUGCCAAUUAAGCCAAAUGGGGUGGUGUGGGGAGCUUUUCUUGGUGGUUGCAGGGUUCACAAGAACAUUGAAAUGGCAGAAGAAGCCAUUGAACACCUUCUUGAACUCGAUCCACUUAACGAUGGAUAUUAUGUCGUGUUAUCCAACAUUUACGCCGAAGCUAAGAGGUGGGAAGAUGCGGCUAGAGUGAGAAAGCUGAUGAGAGAGAAAGGGGUGAAGAAGACCCCAGGGUCGAGUUCAAUCACGAUAGAUGGGGUAACCCACGAGUUUGUGGCCGGAGACGAGGCUCACGAUCAAAAUAAAGAAAUACAUCAAAGAUGGGAAAAGUUAUUGCAGGAAAUGAAGUUAAGAGGGUAUGUCCCAGAUACUUCUGUUGUUCUUCUUGAUGUAGAAGAGAGUGAGAAAGUUAGAUUUCUAUUUCGGCAUAGUGAAAAGCUAGCGGUCGUGUUUGGUUUGAUCAAUACUGCGGAUGGAACUCCGAUUAGGAUCAUGAAGAAUCUUCGGGUUUGUGAAGAUUGCCACGAGGCUUUGAAGAUCAUAUCGGAGAUUGUUGAUAGGGAGAUCGUUGUAAGGGAUCGCAGCCGCUUUCAUUGCUUUAAAAACGGUAUGUGUUCUUGCAAAAACUAUUGGUAACGGAUCAAGACAAGUGUAGUGAUUAAGCUGUCGGUAUGAAUUAAGAUAAAUUGUUGUUUGUUUGUAAAAGGUUUUAGGACUGUGAAAAGUGUCGUAUUAUUUUGUUGGGUGCAACUAUAUAUUACUUGAAAACUACAAUGAUAAUAUAAAUUUC